GUCACAGAAAAGUUUCCUUCGAUAAUGGCAAAAGUGCAGUGCAAAUUAUACAAAAAGAAAGAGUGCCAUUAGCAACCUUUUAGCGCAUAAGAAAAUUUUUUUCAUUGCAGCUACUCUUGUUGUUUCCUUGCUAGUUCGACAAUGACGCCAACGUCGCUGCUGUUGUCGUCGUUUGCUUUUUUAGAAUGAAAACUAACAACCAAAUUGAAUUUUUAUCGAGGAGACGACGAAUUCUAAGCGAAUAUCACAACAAAGUGCAGGAGAGUUUCAAAUAUAAAUAGAAAAAGUGAAUGAGAGAAAAACAACAACUAAAACGACAGAAAGUAAAAACGAAAAACCGUAGUAGACUAGAUAGAGAAAGGAUACGGAGUGCGUCGUGCAGGGUGUACAGAGAAUAUAGGCAGCCGACCAGACUGCAAACUGCCGAUUGCCAACUACUACCAGACCGUGCGUCCAUAAGUAGCUGCUUGUUUUUUGGUCACAGAAGGUGAAGAGCACAACUCUGACACUUGUCAGUUGCAUUGGAAUUUCGUGCAACGCACUGGCGGAGCAGCGUCAGUCAGUCAACCGCAGUAGCAGCAGUCGUCGUUGCUGAGAAAAUGACGUUUUAUCGGCGGUCAAUAGGCGCAGCAGUGUAGCAACUUUUCGAGCAACAUAUUUGUAAACGGAUUUAAAAAUAGAAGACGACAACAAAAACAACAACAGCAAACUUAAACACGACUACGUAUGGAAUUCGCCAAAAACGCAAAACGACCAAUUUGAUUUUGUUUAUUUAAUUUUGUGUGAAAUUUUGAAAAAAAGAACUAAAAUUAAAGCAGUGCAAAGUAAAAGCACAACCAGCAAUCGGCAUUGUUGCAAAGAAAUAUACAGUGAGAUUUUGGCGCGCGUCAUUGCACGCAUUAGUAGAGCCGGUGCAGCAGCAAAAGAGUGGCAGUCAAAUCGACCAUAAAUAUCCAGCGCAAUACAGCCAGUAGUCACCCAUCUCUGGCAAACACUGGCGUUAAAAAUUUUUUGCAUUUGUUGUCAUUAAUGUGCGUACGUGUGUUACGUGUGGUGAUGCUGUUGCAACCAUAAUUCGCGCAUUAAGCAUUUUAACACAAAUAGAAUAUAGAAAUUUUUGGUAAAAAAAAAAAUUGCAUUGAAAAUAUAAUAGCAGUGGAAGUUUAUAAAUUUCGAAUUCUUACGGCUAAGACACAAGAUGAAGCGACGCAAUGCCGACUGCGGCAAACUACGACGACCAAUAAAACGUAAUAAAAUUACAGAGAGCGUGUACAGCAGCACAACUGUCUUGUACUUGAAAUUCCUUAUACUUUGGGCCAUUGUGAUAACCGCCGAUUUUAUGUUUAUGUUUCGUUUUGAAUUUUUAUGGCCUUUUUGGCUACUUUUACGAUCGGUGCAUGACUCAUUUAAAUUUAAAGGAUUGGCAUUUUCUGUGUUAUUUGUAUGCAUUGCAAUAACAUCCGAUUUAGUGUGUUUAUUUUUUAUACCAGUGCACUGGUUGCUAUUCGCAGCAAGCACUUACGUCUGGGUGCAAUAUGUAUGGCAUACAGACAAAGGCAUAUGCUUGCCUACAAUAAUACUUUGGAUGCUGUUUGUCUACUUGGAAGCAGGCAUCAGAUGGAAGGAUACACGACAUAUGCCACAUUUGGAUUUGUGUCGACCCUUCGCUGCGCAUUGCAUUGGCUAUCCAGUGGUGACGAUGGGUUUCGGCUUUAAAAGUUACAUUGGCUAUCGCAUACGACAGCGCAGGCAACGUGAAGUUGCGAAAGAGAAUGAGUUUUAUAUGCAGCUAUUGCAACAAGCCCUGCCACCAGAGGAAACAACAGACGAUCCAGCAAUGACACAGCUGCCCGCUGUAGCUGGUGCCACCACAGUGCCGGCGGUAACCGCUGGUCCCGGUGCGAGCAGUAUAUUUGCAGCGCAAAGUAGUGCACAAAACUCACAAACAACAACUUCCCACACGUCAGCGGUGACGGCGGCAAUUAGCGCAUUUAAUGCAUCGAAUAGUUCCGCCAUUACCAGUGUGACAACGUCGGCUGCAUGUAGUGCGCUCGCCACGGCGAAUGGCCUGCUGGCGUCGGCAGCAGCAGCUGCGACAGCGGCCGCAACAGCAGCAGCGGCGGCGGCAGCGGCAGCAACGUGUAGUAGUAUGAGUAGUUUACAAGCACAAAAUCAUCAGCAUCAUCAUCAACAACAGCAACAACAAAAUCAUUAUCAUCAACAGCAGCAGCAGCAGUCGCCAGCGCAGCAAAAUCAUCAGCAUAGUAAUCACAAUCAAGCGACGUCAGGCGCAUCACCGUCGUCGUCGUCAUCAACAUUGCACGAUCAUCACAACAACCACAGUAAUGCGCAUAGCAGUGUUGUAGGUGGUGGCGGUAAUGGUGCUAGUGGUGGAAAUUAUAAUAUUAGCAGUUUACUGGCAAAUGUAUCAGCGGUAGCCGCAACAGGCGGCUCAACCGGCAUAGCUGGUGUCACUGCAACGCCUGCUGAUGAUAAGAAUUACUUACAGAUCAGCAGCGGCGGUGCUUCCAUAGCUGCAACAACUACAACCGCAUCAACAGCGUCUAUAUCUACUAACAGCAAUAGCUCUGGUUCUAAUUCCGCCUUUGGUGGUGGUGGUGGUAGUGGUGCAACAUCCAAUGGUCACAUUGGUGGUAAAGGCCACCGUCGCGGCGCGGAUAAGGAGAAUAGGAACAAAGGCGGCGGCGGUGGCAGUGGCGGUGGGGCUGAUGCAGAUUCCAAACAUAAUAAGAACAGCAACAACACUAGUUUUCAUGCUGCCGACGGUAACCAAAACAGCAGCAACAACUCAAUGAAAGAGCGCGGCGAUUGUGAGGUGUCAGCUAAUAAUAACAGUCAUGUGCAUACAACACCGCAGCAACAAACGAAAGAUAAAAGUGAUGAGCAUCGAUCGGCGAAAAAAUCUAAUACACCAAGCGUUUCUGGUGCGACGUCGCCGGUGGCGAAUGGCAAUGUUUUGCAAUUUGAUGCCGAUGAUGUUGUUGCUGUGGAGCCAGUCGAACGAACUAAAGGUCGUCGUAAUCGUGCGCGCAAAGAUAAUGCUUCCAAGGACAAUCAUCAAAACACUUCGCAUAAUACCAAUAGCAAUGCGAAUAACUCCAACACACACUCGCACAAUCACCAGCAACAGAACAGCAGCACCAAUAGCGGUGGCAACGGUAAAGAUGCCGCCGCUAACACCCAAAACCAUAAUAGCGCUAGUAAUAGCAACAAUUCGGAUGCUUCCUCGGUGUCCUCAUCCACCUCGUCGGCCAGUUCGGCAUCAUCAUCGUCAGCGUCGUCCGUAACAUCGGCUUCCGUUUCGUCAGCCAUCUCGCAAAUAGCCACGAAAAUGGUCUCUAAAGUCUGUGAAGCCUGUCUCAAGCUUGAGGCGGAUGUUAAAAAGUACCGCGCCGAGCUGAGUCACAUGAAGCAAAUCGAGAAUGAACUGCGUCAGAAGCUCGAGUCAAAUUUGACUACGAAAUCCUGUUUGCAGGCCAAACAGAAAGAAUGUGACGAGCUGGAGAAACGCAUACAGGAGCUAACAAAUGGGCGGCAUGCAGAUAUGCUGCAACUGCAGACGAUCGAGCGGCGUUUGGCAGAGGAGCGGCGCCAAAAGCAAUCGUUGGACGCACAAUUGAAUAAUGAGAAGAAAGCCCGUAAAAUUGCCGAAGAAAAGGCCGCACGGCCGGAAUGCAGUGCGCAGUGUAAGCAGCGUAAGCAGCUUAUGGAUGAAGAUCUCAAACAACUGCGACGCGAGCUGAAAACGACUGAGGAAGCCAAGCAGUUGGCGGAACAACAUGGACGCAAAUGGGAGCAAGAGUUGCGCAUGUUCGAGGCUGAGGUACGAAAUCGUGAUUCGGCGCAACCGGGCACCGAGAUGCUAAUGAAUGCGUUGGCCGCAAUGCAGGAUAAAAACUGUACACUCGAAAAGAAUCUUUCAGCCGAGACGAGAGUUAAGCUGGACUUAUUCUCAGCUCUAGGUGACGCCAAGCGCCAACUGGAGAUAUCGGAAACUCGUCGUAUUGCCAAGGAGGAUGAAGUGCUUGAUUUGAAGGCGAAAAUCGCGCAAUUACUCUGCGUUAUGCCGACAGAUCAACUUUUGCCCGCCUGCGGCUCAGCUGGCGCCAGUUCAAUGUUGCGCAUGAAUGAUACGCCACCGUUGCAGUCCGGUCCCGGACCAGCUUCACCCAUGUUGAGCAGCCUAAGCGCGGCAGCAGCGGCCCAACAGGCUGCAGCGGCAGCGGCGGCGGCAGCAGCAGUGGUUGGACACCCAUUAUCGGCACGCGUUGGUCCACCGAAUUCCGUUGCCGAUUAUGGUGGGCAGCAGUCGCCGCCCAAUUAUGUAACGGCGCAACAUCAACAUCAGCACCAGCAUCAACACCAAUUGCAGCAUCCACACCAGCAUCAACAACAACAGCAUCAUCAACAGCACCAACAACAACUCCAUCAGCAGCAACAGCAUCAGCAGCAGCAACAACAACUACAUCAACAGCAGCAGCAACAUCAUCAACAUCAGCAUCAGCAGCUCCAACAGCAUCAACAACACCAGCACCAACAACAUCAGCAGCAGCAGCAACACCAACAGCAGCAGCAACAUCAACAGCAUCAGCAACAACAACAACAGCAGCAGCAGCAACAGCAAGUGCCCGUAUCGGUGGGCACGCCGGUAUUUGUAUCGGCGUCUUCGCCGGGCGCUAGCAUCAACAGCGGUUCCAGCCUCGACCCAAAUGCGUCUGUGUACACGCCCAAAGGUGGGUCGGGUGCACCGGGCAGCGGUGGUGUUGUUGGCGUGCCAGUGGGCGGUGCCGGCGAUGCCUGACAACAUACUGCAUCUGUGGGCGUCGUUGGCCACCUGAUGCGACGUAAAGUUUGAGAUUGAGAUUAUUAUUUAAGUUAUUGAUACAUCCUCAACAGACACUGCAACUAAAAUAACCGCAACAACAACUACAACUAUUUGCAAAAUAUUUGAAAACAGCAAGCAAAGGGUGCUCGUGUUGGCAGUAAGCAAGAUCUUGAAAGGAAGGAGGCAGUGAAUAUCAGCUUGCUAGUCAAACGGCAACUCUCAGAGCAGAUACAAACCAACAGAUGAGACAUAUUGAUAAAUACAAAACAAAACAAAAGCAACUAUUAACAAAGUAAAGGAUAACAAAUAUCUACAACAAAAACAAGAACUACAAACAUGAACAUGGACAUAAAAUUGCAAAUGAACAUGAUAUUAUCUUAUUGAAAAAGAAAAAAACAUAACAACAAGAAAAAACAAAAAGAACACAAAUUAAAAAGAAAAAUGAAAGCAAGACA